AUGAGGUUUGGAAAAAAGGGCAAGCUUAGCCCUAGGUAUAUAGGUCCAUACCAGAUCAUCAGACGAGUUGGUCAUGUAGUAUACGAGUUGGACCUUCCAGCAAACCUUCCGGAGGUACAUCUAGUAUUUCAUGUCUCCUUGCUUCAGAAGCGUGUUAGAGAUCCUUCCAGAUUUGUACUAAUUGAUGAUGUACAGAUCACUGAGUUGUUGACUUAUGAGGACGUACCUGUUGCCAUUUUAGAUCGGCAAGUUUGUCGGUUGAGGACGAAAUAUAUUCCUUUAGUGAAAUUGUUAUGGCAGACCAAUAAUGUGGAAGAGAUGAUUUGGAAAGUUGAGAAGGAUAUGAGAGCUAGAUAUUCACAUCUCUACACUACUCCAGGUUUAGGGGAAACUCUGCCAAAAUAUUUGGAAAUUCGAAGAGUUGAACAAAUUUUGCGUUCCUUGGUUCUAAAUUGA